AUGUCUUCAACCCAGAGGCCUAAUCGAAGAAUUAGCGCGCGACUUCAGGAAAACGAAGACGCGCCUGCCCUCUCCACUCGGACGCAAGUCAACGGGCAUGUCGAUGCAUCGGGACGUAGCUUGGAGGCAGAGCAUGCUCAAACAUCGAAAGGCUUCAACGAAAAGAAGAGGAAAAUGGACUACGAUGAGGAAGACGACGGCUUCCUUUUUAAACGCGUCAAAAAGAAGAAACCGAAAGUGAAUUCAACAGAGGACGAGGACAAAGCCAAACAGUCCCUCAAUCACUCGAAACCACCUCAAAAGUCGCUGACGCACAGCACAAAUGCUUCGAGUGAAGAUGGCGGUCCGAUGGCACAAACCAAGAAAAGGAGGAAUAGACGGUCAUUUUCAACACCCAAUCCCAAGGAGGAUGCGCCAGUGCGUCGUUCAAAGCGCCUUUCUGGUGAGCAUGAGCAACAGGAUCGAAGUCCCAUCAGAAAGAUGCCUCACAAGCAAGAACCGAAGCCACAGGAACGACAUCGGGAAGAACAAGCCAGGGAUUUACCUAAAAUGACCAGACGAGAGUCACCUGGAAAGGGCCCAAAGGACCAUGGGAAGGAGACUGUUCCGAUACAGGAGGGGGACCGGUCGGCAACGAAAAUUGUUCUUCCAUUUGCGGAUACGCCGGUGAUCAAGCGAAAUAAGGCCAUGCGCGAAGGGAAAGAUGGCAAAGGCGAAAGAAGAAGUAGUUUGGGUCUCCGAGGGCGGAGAGCUAGCUCUCUGAUCGAAAGUGGGAAUUCUAAUGCUCUUCCGCACCACGAAGUCGAUAUUCCAGAUUUCUACAAGCAUAUCGAAAGUGACGGCCUGCCGGAGCCGCGAAGGAUGAGGCAAUUACUUACAUGGUGUGCAACACGCAUGUUCGAUGAAAAGCCAAUGGGGACCGAUUUCGAGGAUUCAAGCGCACGAUCAGCCGCUCGGGUCAUUGAGGAAGAAUUGCUGAAAGAUUUGGCCAACAAGUCAGAGCUCUCUGACUGGUUCAGCCAGGAAGAUUUUCCUGUACCCAAGAACCCCCUUCCAGAACGACCAAAUCCCAAGAACGUUCAAAACAUCGAGAAAAUUGCUGAACUGGAAGAACAAAUUAGACAACUUCGGGCAGAAAAGGAGGCUUUGGAAUCUUUACUGCAACCACCUAAUCUCCCUAGUUUACACGAGCUCGGCGUCUCGAACAUGUCGAUGGAAACUCUCCAGGACAGAUCCCUUCUCUGUCAUGAAGAUAUUUUAGCCCUCGAUUCAACCGCUGCAAGCACGACUUCUUCCGACCAAGUAUCAAAGCGCCUGAAUGAUAUUUACCAAUCCUUGGGUCCUACAAUCGAUACUUUUGCGGAUGGUGUCCACGCAAUCGGACAAUACCGUAGCGUGGCAGAUAGUGUGGCAGGAAAGGUACUCGCCAUAUGUGCUGAUAAGCUUUCACAACGAGAGAAACAAGGAAGAAAACGGGCACUGCCAGUAGGACAAGGUAGCCCGCCAAAAGAUCUGGGCGGAGUAUUACGCAGUUUAAGCAGGGCAGACAGAUGA